AUGGUGACGAUAGCAGAGGACGUGGCGAGCACCGACGACGCAAUGGCGUUUUCGGGCGGGACCUGCGGGCAGCACCAACGCCACACGGUCCAGCUCGACAGCGUGCUUUCAGAGUCCGAGAAAUCGGAGGCGAAGGACGCUGAUGGCGCCACGCUGAAAAAUGCAACUUUGGUCAAGGGCCCAACGAACGACGACCGCCUCAACCCCGUCGCGAUUGCCGUCUUUGCGCUCUGGGUGCUCGUCACCGUCAACUCACUUGUGGACCCACUCAAGACGAUUUACGGCUACUUCGUCUACCUCGACAGCAACAACCAAAACGCCGUCUGGCAGCUCACGGUCGCCAACCACUUCAACAAUGUCACGUCUCGCGUCUGUCCAUUGAGCGGGCCGUUUCUCGACUGCUACUUUGAGCUGCCUGUAUACGGCACCGGGUCCCUCGCCGGUGCGACCUGUCGGUCCUACUACCCCACCGACAAGGGCCCGACCCAGCACAUUGGCAAUUUUUUCGGCAACUGCACAUUUCCCAACGGCCAGCGCGUUGACAUGCCGGAUGGCCGCACCACGGUGACGACGCAGUGGACGGUCCAAACAAGCUCUCUCGACCGAAAGUGUCUCACUCUACUCGGCGAAGGCGACAGCUUUCCGUGCGACGAGUACAUCACGACCAACGGCCGCAUCAUCAACUACCGCGUGAGCCAGACGGAAACUAAAAAGUGGUGCAAGGAAUUUGGCGGCUAUUACAUUCUCAACUUGACGUCGGGUAUCCAAGAGGUGCUUGUCGCCAACGUCUCGGGGACGUCGGCUGCGUUUACAAGCAUCCCGAUGACGUACAUGCAGCCCGUGUUUAGCCUCGAGCCGCUUCUUGGGUGCCCCGCCGAGGUGCGCAUGGGCGGCAUCGCCACCCACAUCUCGACGUCAGGAUGGUACGGCGACACGACGGCCCCAUGGUCGGCGCGGACGACGAGCGCGGCGCACGCCAACGAUGUGUCGCAACGCGCUUCGUCCGUCUUUGUCACGACAACACAUUACGCGGAGGGUGACUUGACGCAGGUGCGCACGUCGUACAAGGACUCGUACCGGCUCGGGAUCAUCGCCAUCAUCACGUAUUACCGCGCUUCGUCCGUCUACUACCCCAUUCUGCUCGUGUACCUACGGCAGCGCCAGCCGUUCUUUCGGUGGCUGCGGCGCCGCAACUUUGGCUUGGUCUUGCACAAGCGCGAGCGGCACAACCUCUUCAUUCUGCUCUUGCUGACGCUCGAGGCGCUGGCGAGCACGGAAGACGUGGUGAUGUACUGCCAGCAGGUCGUCUACGGGGGCUCGUCGCUCGCGCAGCUCGCGCUCAAGUACAUGUCGAUCACGCGCAUCAUUUGGCCUUGUGCAUUUUUACUCUUACUUGCGUCGCGGCUCGUCGAGGCGCUUCUCGGGCCCAAGCGGGCGUUUGCCAUGUCGGAAGACCUUUUCCUCCUCGGCGCGCCGGUGGCCUGGAUCUACAUUCCGGUCUACGUGACCACCCAAGGCAUGAGUCUCUUCCAAGGCUACCGCCAAACGGGCGCUAUCAUAAGCCACUAUGCCAACUCGAUCUUCAACGUGUAUACAAACCAGAUCAACAACCUCACGCUCUACUUUCAGCUCUUUGGGUACUUUACCAUUAUAUCAUCGGCGGCAACGUUUCUCGUCGACGUCGUCUGGCAUGCGGUGACGCACAGCAGCAGCAGUCUCCUCGUCUCGAUCAUGUCGCUUCGCACGGCCAAAGAACCGGUGGACCCCAACGCGGUCACGUCCAACUUGCACCAAAUCCUCAUCGAGUCGACGCACCGCAUGGCACCCGAGAUCGCGCUGCAGAUGACGCGCGCCAAGGUGCCACCGCUCAUGCUCUGCGAGUCGCUCAAUUUGGCGUCCGAGGGGUUUGUGUGCCUCGCGUACGGUGGCAUCCAUGUCGUCGCCGUCUCCGAGUGGGGAUUCGCGCACCCACUCGAGAACGCGCUCGGGCACGUCGCUGUUAUUCACGACGGCCAUCGCGUCGCGUUCGACCCGAACGUUACGAUCGACUCGUUGGUCAAGCUUUCGUCGCGCCCCGCGUGGCUCGGUAUUCCCGACCUCUACUAA